CGUCUGUCGAUCCCUCCGUCCUGCUUUGAGUGUAGCUCAGGGUUUUUUAAGCUGUUUCCAAAAGAUAAAGGAAAUUAUGGUAUUCUUAUUAGUAAGCAAUAACUAGAGAGCAUAGUUAGUGAUUUGAUGAUAAAUGGUAGGGUAUACCCCCGAGAAGGAGACCCAGCUCUCUGCUCCUGAACAAGCCUUGGCAGGGGCUAUAACGGGGGUGGUCAGUCGGGCACUGUUUCAACCCUUAGAUGUACUCAAAAUACGUUUUCAGCUUCAGAUUGAACCAUUAAAAAAAUGUGAAACAUCAAAGUACUGGAGCAUUAGUCAAGCUAUUCGGUCAAUCAUCUUAGAGGAAGGUAUCACCGCUCUGUGGAAAGGUCAUGUUCCGGCUCAGAUUCUCUCUGUCUUAUAUGGAAUUGUACAGUUUGUCUCUUUUGAGGCAGCGACUAAGGUGGCAUGGCGGGUCCUUCCAGAAGGUGUGUACACGGACCACAAGGCUCUGACCCACCUGGUGUGUGGGAGUAUAGCAGGCUGUGUAUCCACUGUAGUGGUACAACCAGUUGACGUCAUGAGAACAAGGCUCAUAGCUCAGGGAAAACACAAAAUGUAUACCUCCAUGAUGAAUGGGAUGCUUGCCACGACUCGGGCUGAGGGGAUCCUGGGAUUGUACCGUGGUCUCCUGCCAGCCAUGUCACAAAUUGCUCCUCAGAUAGGACUACAGUUUGGUUUCUACACACUCUUAAAGGACCUCUGGAAAAAAUAUGUACACAGAGAUGGUGAAAAAAUACUUGAAACACAAGGAAGUCUUAUCUGCGGGUCUGGUGCUGGGAUUAUUUCUAAAAUCCUCAUCUACCCUCUAGAUGUAGUAAAGAAGCGGUUACAAAUUCAAGGCUUUGAAGAAGCACGUUCAGAGUUUGGCAGCACCCGACAUUACAGAGGAAUGAGGCAUUGUUUAUAUUUGGUUGCCAAGGAAGAGGGCAUCAUCAGGGGAUUUUAUAAAGGACUAACACCGAGUCUCUGGAAAGCUGCCCUUGUAUCAGGGUCAAGUUUUUAUGUGUAUGAAAAAGUCUGCCAGUUAUUAGAAUUCAGAAAGAAAAAGAAAUCAAUAUAGAUAUGGAUGAUAAUAAGAUUUUAUACACACAUUUCUUUGUUAACUGUGAUAUUUAUACAUUUUGUUUUACUUUUUCAGUUGUGUGUUUGUGUGUGUAGUGGACUUUUCAUUAUAGGUCAGGUACAUUCACUCACUUUGACGCCAAGUGUAGAAUAACUUGUAUAAAAGUUUUGUUGUUUUUUUUAUCUAAACUAUGAGCUCAAUAUCUUUAUAGUGCACCCGAGUGACCAAUUUGAUCUAUUGUUAUGUGUUUUUGUCCAUUGUCAUUCUUUCUUCAUCAACAUUUGAAUAUUUUCAGCUUGUUCUCUUAAACUACUGCACCAAUUUCAACCAAUUUUGGCUUAUUGCAUUUAGAACCAUUUUCACCUUAGUUUGGACUUUCAGUAAGGCAUGGCAUUCUCAUUGUUACAUAAUGAGCUUCUGAAAUUUACACAUCUUUCCUUCACAGUUGAAAUAUACAUGGGAUAGAAAUUCGGGCAAAUGCCAAGUAGUGUAUCGAAUAACCAAUAACGUUUUCUCAUCCGGCAAAGAGACGGAGCUUAAGUCAUCUCAUCGUUGUCAACAACAAUUUAAAGUUCCUGAUGUUAUUAAUUUCUUAAUCAAUGAGAACCUAUUUGCCAUUUGUCAGACGCUAAUUACACAGCGCAGAGAAUACCACGCCUUACUGAAGUCUAAACUAACCUUGAAAUGGUUCUAUAAGCAGGGGACAGGAAAAUAUUCAGGUCAGGGGUUACUGUGUAAGGGUGGGUCUCUAAUGAUCAUUUGGUGAAAAGCAUUAAUUCCCUGAGAAUAUUCUCCUUGGCACCUGAGUACAUGAUUUAGCGGUCAACCUACUGGUAAUAGUGUAUAAUGCAUGGUUAUGAAGCUUCUUUAAAAAUUGUGACAUUCAUGGCCCGUAGGUUAGCAGAGCUAUUAAACGUUAGGAUGGGGCUUUAAUAUAAUAAUGUGUUAAAAUUUUAUUCUGCAUUAAAAGAAAUUAUUCCCCUCUGUUAUUCAUCCAUGAUAAUUAAUCUUUGUAUAUCAUGUAUUGUAUUAUAAACUUAAGAAAUGGCAAUAUAAGGAAUUGUAUAAUACUCAGUUCAGGCCCUUUGGUCUCGUUAAUUUAGCAUUACCAUAAUAGUAACAUGUGUCUUUUCUAUGAGUUUUAUUUUAUAUUUUAGCUGAAUCUCAUGUGAGUGAAUAUCCAAGUUUACGGUUAUAGUUGAUACUUUGUCUAGCAGGGUCUGCAGAGUGUAUUGCUUGAUUAAUUUUCAGGUUAAGCAGCAACAUUUUGUUGAUAGGAUUCAUUUUGUUCUUCUUCCAUUUACUUAUGUGUAUCUAGACAAGAGCAGCUUUACAAUUAUCCCCUGACCAGUUUCAUAUACAUGUACAUGUCAGGUUACAACUCAAACAGUCGUAAUUUCUUGAAGAGUACUUUGAAAAAUACAUAAUGACCAAUAAAGCUGGUAUAAAUACAUA